AUGAGUUUAAGCACUAUCAGGCUCGACCCUUGGGGUGAUCUCACUCUUCGAAUCGGCCCAGACGGCGCAACAGACGACUACAUUGUCUGUCCGAGAACACUAGCCCGUGCUUCCCCAGUAUUCGAGCGUAUGCUGUAUGGCGGGUUUGCGGAACGAGAGCCCAGCACAAGGGCAGCAGUCGGUGAAUGGAUCGUACGACUACCAGAAGGCAAUCCCAUAACCAUGGGCCUUUUCCUUUCGAUAAUACAUGGCAAUUACGAUGAGACUUUACAGAACCUUUCUCUUGAUGAGAUCUAUCACUUAACCGUCGUAGUGCACCAUUAUGAUGCAACCAAAGUACUUCGAACAUGGGCAGAAAUCUGGAUCAACCAUAUCGCCAGUUUUGUUGAAGAUGUUAACACGCCGAUGCUGAGGGUCUUAUGGAUUGCGUGGGAACUUGGUAGUAUAUCGUUAUUCCGGAUCGUAUCGCGUCACAUCUUGCUGGAGUUCGACGCUGCAGACUUUGAGGAUGCAUUAUCCUGUAGCAGCACGCAAACACCUCCUGGUGUACUAGAACAUAUUCACUCUGUUCGAGAAAAUGUACUGUGCUCGUUGCUACAGCCAUUCAGGGACUUGAUUAGCCACCUACUAGUUGAGAAUGAGAAGCCACGAUGGUGUCGACACGCUGUUUGGAUGGGACCGCAUAGGUGCGAAUCGAUAAUCCUCGGGUCGCUUACAUGGUGUUUCUGUAAAUCGAAACUCUGGCCACUACCAGAAGCACCUGAUAUCUAUGAGAGUGUUGCAGCAAUUUACACACGCUUGUCAGGCCUCAUAAUCCACGAUUUGGUGCAAUUUGAUAAGAAAGAAGAUCAUAGUAUCUGCAAUCCGUCAGGAAUGAUCAAUUUGCACAUGAAAACAGCCCUUACUUGUCUUACCCUCCCAUUGACUCGAAGGCAGAUAGAGUACAUGAGGAAACAAAAAAACAUACUUGACAUGAAGGUUGGUUGUUUCAAACCACUCCUGAGUGAUAAGUCUGCAGCAUAA